UUGAGUACUUUCAGACGGGCCAUUGAAUAAGUUGUCCGAUGUUAAAUUCAUUGUCUCAUAAUUAGUGGAGUAUGCUGAACCCGAAGUUCGAUUAAAAAAAAUACUAUAUAUAUAGCAUAAAACAUAUUCUCUGACGUUGCAGAUAUCUAUUACGAUUUCUCAGACGAGAUAUUUUUAGAGAGAGAGAGAAGGUUGGUGUGGACAUGAGGAUGGAGAGAGAGAAAGAGGAAAAUGGAUUUAGGAGCGCCGGGAAGAGACUGAAAUGCGCCCGGGGCAAAGAAAGAGAGGAAGAAGAAGCAGAAGAAGAGGAGGAGGAGGAGAGAGAAAGUGAGCUCCCAUUGAAGCCGGGCAAUUUCUUCUACCCUAUGAUUCCAUCGGCUUUCGUCGUCUCAGACUCUUUGGAGCCCGAUUUCCCCAUCAUAUACGUCAACAAGGUCUUCGAAAUCGCCACCGGAUACCGCGCCGAUGAAGUCCUAGGUCGAAACUGCCGUUUCUUGCAAUACAGAGACCCUCGUGCCCGAAGACGUCACCCUCUGGUGGAUCCAGUUGUCGUAUCUGAGAUUAGAAGAUGCCUUGAGGAAGGCAUCGAAUUCCAAGGCGAGCUUCUCAACUUCAGAAAAGAUGGUACUCCACUUGUAAACAGGCUAAGACUUGCUCCAAUACGCGAUGACGAUGGAAUAGUCACCCAUGUAAUAGGCAUUCAAGUCUUUUCUGAGGCGAAAAUAGACAUGAACAGCGUAUCCUAUCCUGUUUUCAAAGAAAGUUGCCAUCAGAAACUCGAUCAAUUUGGUAAUUACUUUCCAAAGAGUGGCCAAUUAGAAUACAGCCAAUUCUCAGAAAUAUGUGGGAUUCUUCAGCUCUCUGAUGAGGUCCUGGCUCACAACAUAUUGUCACGAUUGACACCUAGGGAUGUCGCAUCCAUUGGUUCCGCGUGCACAAGGAUUCGUCAGUUGACAAAGAAUGAGCAUGUGAGGAAGAUGGUUUGUCAAAAUGCUUGGGGAAGAGAAGUCACGGGAGCAUUGGAACUCAUGACUAAGAAACUAGGGUGGGGCCGCCUGGCUAGGGAACUAACCACUCUUGAGGCUGUUUGUUGGAGGAAGCUUACAGUUGGAGGCGCUGUCGAGCCCUCACGAUGCAAUUUCAGCGCGUGUGCAGCGGGGAAUCGGCUCGUAUUGUUUGGUGGCGAAGGAGUAAACAUGCAACCGAUGGACGACACGUUUGUUCUCAAUCUCGAUUCUAAGAAUCCAGAGUGGCGUCGUGUGAGUGUAGAAUCAUCCCCACCAGGGCGGUGGGGCCACACGCUUUCUUGCCUGAAUGGUUCCUGGUUGGUGGUAUUUGGCGGCUGUGGGAGACAGGGUUUGCUCAACGAUGUUUUCGUCCUUGACUUAGAUGCCAAGCAACCCACCUGGAAGGAAGUUUCCGGGGGAACUCCUCCUCUCCCUAGAUCUUGGCAUAGCUCUUGCACCAUAGAAGGCUCCAAGUUAGUUGUGUCCGGCGGAUGCACUGACGCUGGUGUACUUCUGAGCGAUACAUUUCUGUUAGAUCUCAUGACAGAAAAACCAAUGUGGAGAGAAAUUCCCACUCCAUGGGCCCCUUCCUCUAGAUUGGGGCACUCACUAUCUGUUUAUGGGAGGACAAAGGUUCUUAUGUUUGGUGGGCUUGCAAAAAGUGGGCACUUGAGAUUACGAUCGGGUGAGGCAUACACUAUUGAUUUAGAGGAUGAAAAGCCACAAUGGAAGCAACUGGAAUGUGGUGCAUUCACAGGCUUAGGUGGUCAAAAUGCUGUGGUCCCUCCUCCUAGACUUGAUCACGUUGCAGUGAGCAUGCCUUGUGGGAGGGUUAUUAUCUUUGGGGGUUCUAUUGCCGGGCUCCACUCUCCUUCACAGCUUUUCUUGUUGGAUCCUGCCGAGGAGAAACCUUCUUGGAGGAUUCUUAAUGUUCCUGGGCAACCUCCAAAGUUUGCUUGGGGUCAUAGCACCUGUGUUGUUGGAGGAACUAGGGUUUUGGUUCUUGGGGGCCAUAAUGGCGAGGAAUGGGUUCUGAAUGAACUGCACGAGCUGUGUUUGGCGAGCAGACAAGAUUUAGAUCCGUGAUUCAGUUCCUUGUUGUAGCAUUGAGUUUUGGGACUCAUUGGCAAUCCAUUCUACUAGAUGUUUAUCAUCUCCUUUGCUGUUCGCUUCAUUCUGUUCUCAUCUUAUGAUUCAGCUAUGGGGAGUAUGAGUAGUUUCACAUCAUAUCACAUUAAAUUUAGAUCCGUGAUUCAGUCUUGUUGCAGCAUUGAGUUUCGGGACAUGUUGGGGACUCAUUACUAGUGGUUUAUCAUCUCCUUUGUUGUUUGCUUCAUUGAGAGGAUUCAGUUAGGGGGAGUAUGAGUAGUUUCGUAUCAUAUGGCUUUCCUGUGAUGUCUGCUUUUGGAUGUGUCUCUUGUAGUGGUUCCGUUGUAUGUAUUUAUUACAGCGUAGUGUUGUCUGUACAAAAAGCAUGGGCUGGUGAUGGGACUUGUUAUGGUCUAUGUUCCUAAUUUUUAAUCUGUAAAUUCUUUGCAUGCCUA